CCCCCGAGCAAAGAUGGCCGCGGUGGUGGCGGCCGCUCGUGUCCUGUCUGAGGCGGUGCUGACGGGCGGGCUGCGAGCGCUGCUGGGCGGCGGAGGCGGCGCCGGCUGCCGGCGGUGGAAACGGGACGGCGCCUGGGCGCUGCCGGGUCGGACGUGGAGCUCGGGGGCUCCGCCGGGGGUCCCUCCUCAGGCGAAGGCGGCGGGGCCGGGGCUGACCGGGGCCGUCCUGAGGGAGGUGGCCCAGCAGCAGCAGCAGCAGAAGUCAACAGGAGAAGAAGAUGGGAAAGGCUCCGAUGAACAGCAAGAGAAGACGAAAAAGCAGAACCCUGCCUAUACAAAGAGACUGCUGCAGAUAGUAGGCCUUCUCGGAGCUGGCAACGGCAUAGCAAUUAUCUACAUCUUUGGUCGUAAUUCAGUGGAUGAAAAUGGUGCGAAGAUCCCUGAUGAAUUUGAUGACGAUGUGGUGAUCGUUCAACAGCUGCGAAGGUCAUACAAGUAUUUCAAAGAUUAUAGUCAGAUGAUCAUGGAGCCCACCAGCCCUAAGUUGCUGCCAGAUCCCUUGAAGGAACCGUAUUAUCAGCCACCUUACACCCUGGUCAUCGAACUCACCGAUGUCCUGCUGCACCCUGAAUGGUCGUUAGUGACUGGCUGGCGCUUCAAAAAAAGGCCGGGCAUCGACAACCUCUUCCAGCAGUUGGCUCCUCUCUACGAAAUCGUCAUUUUCACCUCGGAGACGGGCAUGACAGCUUUCCCCCUCAUCGACAGCGUGGAUCCCCACGGCUUCAUCUCCUAUCGGCUCUUCCGAGACGCCACUCGCUACAUGGAUGGGCAUCACGUGAAGGACAUCUCCUGCCUGAACAGGGACCCGGCCAAGGUGGUGGUGGUGGAUUGCAAGAAGGAGGCCUUCCGCCUGCAGCCCUUCAACGGCCUGGCCCUCAAGAAGUGGGACGGGAACUCUGACGACCGCACCCUCUUCGACCUGUCGGCCUUCCUCAAAACCAUCGCCAUGAGCGGAGUGGAAGACGUUCGCUCUGUGCUGGAGAACUAUUCCUUGGAAGAAGAUCCACUGGAGGCUUUCAAACGCAGGCAGUCCCAGCUGGAGCAGGAGGAACAGCAGCGUCUCUCCGACCUGACCCAACACAAGAAGCAGCAGCUCUUCCUGGGCUCCCUGGCCAGCCGGCUGUGGCCUCGCUCCAAGCAGCAGUGACUCCGGGCCCCCUCAGGACCAGCCGCCCCCAUCCACGAAUGGACUUCUCAGCCGUUCUUGCCCCUCGGACCCCUGGCCUGAUGGGGAGGGGCCUUCUCGGGGAGGCUGCAGCUGGAGGGGCACAGACUUCGGCCCAAGCUGGACACGGAUGGUGGGCUUACAACCUGCCCCCACUUGCCCCCGAGGUCCCCUCCUGCGGCGGCAGCAGCAUUUUUUGAGACCAAGACUUUUGUGGGUGAAAGGGAGCCUGUCCCUCAGCCCUGGGAAGGGGUCAGGCUCCAGGAGGGCCGGGGAGCCAAGCCAUCACCUGCCCAAGAAAGGAGCCUGACUGCAGCGGCAACGAAAAGGAGGAAAAACUGCAGCCGGGGGAGGGGGAGGGGGAGGUGGUCUCUCCAGUGGCUCUCAUCCCUUGUUAUCAUGUUCCCAUUGGGCGACAGACGGUGCCGUUGGUCAGCCUGUUGGGGUGAAUGGAAAGGAAUGGAGGGCCCCCUCCAAAUAAAUGGCUAUCUUUAUAAGAA